AUGGAGCCGCGCUCCCUGCCUCUGCGGCGGCUGCCCGGGGCGCUCGGGCUCCUGGCCGCCCUCCCGCCGCUGCUGCCGCUGCUGCUGCUGCUGCUGCCGCCCGCGCCCGGCUGGGGCAAGUACGUGAGAGGGAACAUCAGCACCAAGGAGGACUGGGUGUUCUUGACUAGAUUCUGCUUCCUUUCUGACUAUGGGCGUCUGGACUUCCAGUUCCGCUACCCAGAGGCCAAAUGCUGCCAGAACAUCCUCCUCUACUUUGACGAUCCUUCGCAAUGGCCCUCGGUCUACAAAAAGGGCAAUAAGGACUGCUUGAUGAAAGAGUCGGUGAUCCGCCCAGAGAAUAAUCAGGUGAUUAACCUGACAACUCAGUACGCUUGGUCCGGAUGCAAGCUGGUGACUGAGAAUUCGGUGCGGUACUUGAGCUGUGCCAGUGGCAGGAGCUUCCGCUCGGUCCGCGAGCGCUGGUGGUACGUGGCGCUCAGCAAGUGUGGGGGUGAUGGGCUGGAGCUGGAAUAUGAGAUGAUUCUGACCAAUGGCAAAUCAUUCUGGACACGUCACUUCUCGGCGGAUGAGUUUGGCAUUCUGGAGACGGACAUCACUUUCCUGCUUAUCUUCAUCCUGAUCCUCGUCAUUUCUUGCUACUUUGGCUAUCUGUUGAAGGGACGGCAACUUCUCCACACGACAUAUAAGAUGUUCAUGACAGCAGCUGGAGUUGAGGUUCUCAGUCUGAUGUUCUUCUGCAUAUAUUGGGGCCAGUAUGCAAGUGAUGGUAUUGGGAAAGGCAGUCUCAAGAUCUUGGCCAAGCUCCUCUUCUCCAUCAGCUUCCUGAUCUUCCUCUUGAUGCUCAUCCUGCUGGGAAAAGGAUUCACAGUCACAAGGGGCCGGAUCAGCCACACUGGCUCUAUCAAGCUUUCCGUGUACAUGACGCUGUACACCAUCACACACGUUGUGCUCUUCAUCUAUGAGGCCGAGUUUUUCGAUCAGGCACAGGUGCUGUACACGUACGAAUCACCAGCUGGAUACGGGCUGAUCGCCCUGCAGUUCGUGGCUUACGUCUGGUUCUGCUAUGCCAUCCUGAUCACGCUCAAACAGUUCCCAGAGAAGCAACCUUUCUACGUGCCCUUCUUUGCCGCUUACACCCUCUGGUUCUUCGCUGUCCCGGUGACUGCGCUGAUCGCGAACUUCGGCAUCCCCAAGUGGGCCCGAGAGAAAAUAGUCAAUGGCAUCCAGCUGGGCAUUCACCUUUAUGCCCAUGCAGUCUUUCUGAUUAUGACGCGGCCCUCGGCAGCCAACAAGAACUUCCCUUACCACGUGCGGACGUCACAGAUCGGGAUUGUGGAAGAGGUGGUGGCGGGGUCCAAGUUCCCCCACCACGUGUACGGCAAUGUCACUUUCAUCAGCGACUCGGUGCCGAACUUCACCGAACUCUUCUCCAUCCCGCAGAGCACAGGGAGCAGCACCAGCAACCCCCGGAAACAGCUGGAGGAAACCUCGUCUGCCGAUCGUAACCUGACCCCCAGCUGCGUGGUCACCACCUCAGAGCUGAGCGGUGCCCCUGUGCUGUUAAAACCCGCCCUGGGAAGUGAGAGCCAGCCACCGCCCUAUCAGCUCCAUGCACCCCAGCUUCACCAACACAAUGGCUACACCGAGUAUUUUAGCAUGCACACCACCGGUGCUCGGCCUGUGUAGGGUCCUCUUCACUCUCCCGGUCCUUUGUGGCUUCCCUGCCUCCUCAUUCCACAUUUUCUGGGGCGUCCUGCCUCCCAUCCCUCCCUGGUUUCUCUUCU